AUGUCGCAAAUCUCAGUGCUAGGCUUCUCGCCUUCGCGGUCAGCCGAAGAAGGGAUCAACGCCAUCCACUGGGCAAUCCUGCUUACACCAACAACCGAAGCACGGCAGCAACAUGCGACACAAGCGUCACCGGCACCGAGACCGAAAGCCAAGUCUUUCUUCUCGACUCAACGGCUCCUGUCAAAGACGAACAGCGACAGCGCUCCGCCGCCUGAAACGGCCCUCUUUGACAUGCAAAAUCACCAGCUCCGCCAGCAGGUGUUCCCUGUUCCCGUCAAAGCCAAAGGAGACUCGAACGAGCAUACGGGCUCGUCAUCAGAUGCGGAUGAUGCUGCAGCACAGACCCCACGGGCGACAACGACAAACAUAAGGUCAGACAUCCCUAACGAACCGUUCCGUCUGUCUCUGCGGAUCCUUCUGAGCACGCAUCAUCUACCUGUCGCCAAACUCGCGUCAAAGGUCUCCACCUUGCUCUACCGAACACCAACCUACGGGCCGGAGGAGGACUGGCUGCUCGCUGCGCUCGACAUGCUCGUAGGCGCGGGCAUCCUCGAGCCGGCACAGAACUUCGAUGUCGAUUCUGUCCUCGCGUUCGCCGGAGAGGCGGUCAAGGAGUAUCUUUCGCAGAUCGAGCAAGGCCACCAGCGGGAGCGCGAAGUCCUGGAACUGAACUACGCGAGCCACGUGAGGAGCAUGGAGCAGGUCAAAACCAUGUUUGAGCGCCACCAACAGCAGACCACCCCGCCUUAUACGCCAUCGCAAACACCGUCUCCACCCGCUGCUGCCGCUGUUGCUGCAUCAGAUGCAGAGAGGAGAGGGUCGGGGACGAAAUCCCGCCACUCCUCCAAACCCAAAUCGUCAAAAAGUCCAACCGACGUGCUGGCCAAGUCGUACAAGUUUCUGGGUCUGCGCAUCUCGCCGUCGCCGACGUCGUACGCGCCGCGGCACAGGUGGACAUCAGGCGAAGGUACGAAGCGCGCGUAUUUUGAGCGCCAGGAUGAUCCGUACGGAGGGCUGAUGUGA